AUAUUUAUUUCCCCACGUGACAUAAACGUCAUGGUAUGUUUUGGUUCCUGCCAGCUGACACCCAGGAAACUAGAACAUCGAAGAGAAAAGAUUUGGAUACCAAAUUUCUAAGUUGCUUGCAUGAAAAGAGUCAACGCCGUCACAAUCUUUGAUAUUCUUACUACAGCCGUGUUUGAAAAAUAUUUGACGAAAGCGUUAGAUUAGACCGCAAUCAACUGAGGUGGGCUAUGUUUUACGAUGAGGUCAUUACUUGGCAACAUUAAAAUGGGGCGUAUCUUCCUGAGACACAUAGGAGGAACACGCCUAUUUUCUUGUGCCAGCUGUGACACAUCCCUGACUAACAGGGCAGAGCUUAUAUCCACACGAUUUACAGGUGCUACAGGACGAGCCUUCCUGUUCAACAAGGUAGUGAACCUCAACUACAGUGAGGUACAGGACCGGGUUAUGCUGACUGGUCGACACAUGGUCCGUGACGUGUCCUGCAAGAACUGCGAUGCCAAGCUAGGUUGGAUAUAUGAGUUUGCCACAGAGGACAACCAGCGCUAUAAGGAAGGUCGUGUCAUCCUGGAGCGUGCCCUGGUCACAGAGAGUGAGGGAUUUGAGGAGCAUGUUGGACACGAUAGUUGAACUUUCUCACCCUUCAAUCUCUGUAAAUAACUGAUGUCUGUGUGCCAUAGCAUACACAGCAGAGAGAAGCCUAUCAGGGGUUGGUACUCAAAUCCAUGAUGUGUUUUUUGAUUGGCCAUUUCCAUAAUGAUGUCUUGGCGAUGUUUUGCUGCUAUCAUGGUAUGGAUGCCCCAUCAGUGAUUGGUUGGUAGAUAUGUACAGCUAUACAUAUAGAUCACACCCAUUACUACUGCUUGUACAGGUCCCAAGGUCACAGGUUAGCUUCACAAGGUCAGUGAAGUUCAGAGGUCAGCUCUGCUGUCAGUGACUCAGGUGUUUAUACAAAUGUAAAUAGCCCUUCAUAAUGUUUUAUUGGGUUAUUUUACGAGGAAUGGAUGAGAUGAAAUUGCACUAAUUGCUAAAUCAUGUUAAAACAUUAGUUACUGAAGUGAACACAUAUAUUUUGCUCUGAAUUUUACCAAAAAGUAGAGAGUUUAGUUAAUGAUCAGAAUUGAGAACAGUUAUCGACUUAUCGCUUUAUUGUACUUGUGUGUGAACUCCUGCUAUUGUGAUUCACUCUUAGUUAGGACCAUAGUAUAGUAUAGACUUUAUAUAUUUAUAGAAUAAAUAGAAGUUAAGAUGUAGCUUGAUAUUAGCAAAAUCAUUUGUUGAAAAUUGAGAUGUAUUGACAAGAGUGAUCUCCCUUCGAUAAGUUUUUUUUUUCUUUGCUUGGAAAAUUUUACUACUCCAUCCCCAAAUGCACUGUUGAUUUUCUUUCUUAUUUUGAUUGUGAACAUUUCUCUGCAAUCAUGGUACACCUGAAGUGUUUGUUAAAGCAGCUAUUUUCAACUACCUGUAUUUAUUGUACCAAAUCAAUUCAUUGCAGGGGUUAGUCUUGAUUUUAGGGGAACCACCACUUUUUCUGGAAUUAAGAAUAUGUUUCCUGAUUUGCUUUUGAUAAGUGUCAUCGAUAUUGAUGAGUAUUUUGCAUUUGGGGAAAUUUUGGAUUAAACAAGGAGGGGUGAUGAAGUAUAAUGCCAUAGGGUGCACGAUGGCCUAGAUUCUCCCCUGGUAUGACUGUUAUGUAUUUAUUUGAUGUUUUAUGGGGUUUUUUUCUUGACAUAGCUGGGAAAUGGUUUGAUUAGUGAGGCCUUUCUAUUCUGUUGGUUUAAUUGUAGAUGGAAAUUCUCUUCUGAAAUGACAUAUCAUUAAUCAUUGUGGGAUAUGGUUGGGGUAGUGUUUUGAACUAUGAAAAAAUACAGUAUUCUGUAAAACUUUAAUAAGUUGGAACAAAACCACUCUGUACUGCCAAUUUUUUGCCCAUUGGCCGUUCAAAAUAUAUUUGCCAAUGUCAAAUUGGCCCACAUACUUGUGAUAUUUUUUGCCCAAUGUAGGAAAAUUUUACUAAUCAUGUAAAUAUUUUUGCUCAAUGUUAUUUAUAAGGCUGUCAUGUAAUUAUAAGAGGAAAUGGUAUUCUGAAAACUAUUCCUGUAGUUUGUACACUUCAAAAAGCUACCAGUUUUAGUCAUGAUAAGAGUGAAACGGAUUACUUGCAUUGAUGAUCUCCCUUGUUGUGGAUUUAUAAGUUGAGGUGAAAUAUAGAAAGAUUGAAUUGAAUAGGAGAAAGUUUUGGCUUAAUUUUCCUCUAAUUAAUGAUGAUGUCCCCUGUCAACAUUGUUCUAAUGGUGACCAGAAAUCUGAAGUACUGUGAUUGAAAUGUCAAAUAUGUUGAAACAAUUCUCAGAGCUGUAAAAUGUACUUUUAUUGCAUAUACAGUAGAUCAUGAUUCUUUUAACAAAGUUAAUAAGAACUUGCACAUAUGUAUUGAAAUAAAAUGUACACAC